AUUGCCAACAGAGGAACAACAGCGCUAAGUGAUAAUAAUCCAAACUAAAAUAAGGACUGUCAGGGAAUAUCAUUUAGGUUAACUAUUUAUCAUCAUUUACGCUUAUAAAAGAGAAUAUCUUUUUAGGACAAAAAUAUAAAUAUUCACUUUGCGUUAUCUCGUGAUAAUUUAAUUUAUAUUGGCUAAGAAAUAUAAUUCGGAAACUAUUUACUAUUUUAAAUAAUAAAAAAUCGCAUUCCCUAGAAGAAUUAUGAGUGCCGAUUACUUGUAUUAUUCCCACGAAAAACUGCGAAAUUUUAUAGAGCAAUCUAAAAAUGCAGAUGAAGGUGUACUGGAAUACUUGAGGAAUGUUAAAUAUGCAUCUGUACAGGAUUUUGCACCAGGAUUGGAAUGGUUUAAUACCAGUGAACCCCUAUCAUUUGCCAAACACCUACAUGGAAAAAUAGUUGUUUUGGAUUUCUUCACCUAUUGCUGCAUUAACUGCAUGCACAUUAUUCCAGACUUAAGGGAAAUUGAAAGCAAGUUUUCUGUAGAAGAUGGUUUGGUUGUAGUUGGUGUUCAUAGUGCUAAAUUUGAGAAUGAAAAAAUAUCAUCCAACAUCUUGGCUGCUGUCCAACGAUACAAUAUAUCUCAUCCAGUAGUCAAUGAUGCCAAUUCUGAAAUGUGGAAAAACUGUGAUGUACAUUGCUGGCCUACUUUGUUGAUAUUAGGCCCAUCGGCCAAUCCCAUUGUGAUGCUUACUGGGGAAGGACAUAAAAAAGAUCUCAUAAUAUAUAUCAAAAACACUUUGAAAUUUUAUAAAGACAAGGGAAUGAUCUCUAACCACAAGUUACCAAUUAAAUCAGCAUACCAUUUAUUACCAGAUUUGAAAGGACCUCUAUUGUUUCCAGGCAAAGUUACAAAUAUUUUGGACGAAAAUAAUCAUGAGAUAUUAGCUAUAUCUGAUACUGGUAAUAAUAGAAUAUUGGUACUAAAGGAGGAUGGAACUGUUAUGGAACAAAUUGGUGGGAAGAAGUUAGGUUUUAAAGAUGGUAAUUUUGAAGAUGCAGAAUUUAACAAUCCUCAAGGCUUGACAUUUCAAAACAAAGAUGUUCUUUUUGUGGCUGAUACUGAGAAUCAUGCUAUCAGAAAAAUUGACUUUAAAACUAGAACUGUAGUGACAGUAGCCGGUACUGGUAAACAGGGUGACGAUCAAAUUGGAGGUCAGAAGGGUCCACUGCAAUCUAUAUCAUCACCUUGGGACUUAUGCAUAUACCGAACACGAGAUAUGGACCUCACAUUUCAUCCGGAUGGCAAUCCACCAAUACGAGACGUACUUAUAAUUGCAAUGGCCGGUACACAUCAAAUUUGGGCACUGUUUCUUGAAGAUACAGUCUGGUGGAAGUGUAAAAAAUAUAUGGCAGGAACAUGUAUAAAUAUCGCUGGUUCUGGUAGAGAAGAAAAUAAAAAUAACAGUUAUCCCAACUCUGCUGGUUUUGCACAACCGUCGGGACUUGCGUUAUGCCAGAAAAAUAGGGAACUUUAUAUUGCAGACAGUGAAAGCUCCAGCAUUAGAAGGUUAUCUCUAGCUGAUGGAAAAGUUACACCUGUUGUGGGUGGAGACAGAAAUCCACAGAAUCUCUUCGCUUUUGGAGAUAAAGAUGGCACAUUGUUUGAUGCUAAAUUACAACAUGCGCUUGGUGUCUGCAUUACUAAGGAUGAAAAAACUCUAUUCGUAACUGAUACUUAUAAUCAUAAAUUAAAAAGAGUGGAAGUAACCGAAAACACAGUUUCUACGAUAACUGUUCCUGCUGAAGAUACUAUAGAUGGCACUACUAGCACUUUUAAAGAGCCGGCUGGUAUAUGUAUCAGCAUUGAUAACAAAAAACUUUACAUAACUGACACAAAUAAUCACCAAAUAAAAGUCUUGCAUUUAAAUAAUAAAUAUAAUGUCAUUAAAAUCGAAAAAUUGGAAUUGAAAUCUCUAGAAGAAAACAAACAAAAGAUCAAAAACUCUUCUUAUGAAAUUAUUACAGGUAAACCCGUUAAAUUAAAUUCGACUGGAGGUAAAAUAAUUUUUUCUAUAUAUUUGAAUUUGGAAAAGGGUUUAAAUCUUACGAAUGGAGCUCCACAGAAUUGGAUGGUUGAUUUACCAGAUGUUACUUGGUCUUCUGUUCCCAAAAAUGGUACAGAUCUCACUCACAUAGAAACUACAAUUAAUGUGCCAAAUCAUAUCAAUUAUAAGGAACAAUAUGUCGAUUUUUUAUUUGAUUUACUCACUUGUACAACUGAUACGUGUUUACCAAAAUGUUUUCUCAUCAAGAUACCAAUAAAGUUUGAGGCAACUGGUAAGAGUAAUGUUACAGAAAAUAUUAACUUGGUCAUGAAUUCGAGUGACAUCAAGGUGCUCUAAUAUUAUGAGAAAUAAUUAAAAAAUAUUAAGAUUUUUAAUUAAUAAUAAUUAUCCAUGGGAAAGGGGUAAAACGAUUUUCUGUGUUUAUAAUAUUGAAAUUGCUUUAUUUUCAUUAUUUACUGAGUAGCUAAAAUCUUUACAGGAUUUAUAAUACAAAAAUAUAUUUUCAAUUUAAUUAAUUCAUUCAAAAAUAAGUUAUAGUUAUAUGGAAAGCUUUAAAAAAGAAUCGAAUUUUCAAGCUAUUUACAGAAAUAGUUGAAACUCAGUAGGAUUGUCAUUAACCGAUAUAAUAAAUUCCUUAUAGUUAAAGUUAAGUUGAAUGCUAUAUAUGGUCGGUAAUGCUGUAUGAAUUAAAGACGAGGACUCUAAAGCUUAGGGUGAUGAACCAACUGGAGACAUUCGAAAUGUGGCUUCUUCACAGGAGAUUGCUUUGUAUUUCAUGAACACAAUAUGUUACAAACAAGAAUGUACUACAAAGAAAAAACGUCAACAGAUAUCAUAUCGUUGUCAUAAAUAUCGUCUAUUACAGCUAUUACUCAAAUGUGUGGAGUUGGAAGAAAGCAACAGUCGUCACUCGGGCGGAUUUUGUCUCCCCUGUGGUACGCAUGCUUUUAAUGGAUGAGUGUCUGAAGUGCUUUCAUCAAUUUUUGUUCUGAACCCUCUAACGCUUAACAGUUUGAUGUAUGUCAUUUGAAGACAUUUUUUGAUUUUAUAAAAUAAGCCUGUGUUGCAAAUCUAGUUGAAUGCGUGGCUAACGUCUAAAAACACUGAUGUAUAGUAUUUUUUUAUAGUGCUUUCUAAAUCCAAACUGGUGUAGUGGUAUCCAUUCCUCAGUAUUUGGGUCUGGCGUUGCUGAGAAUAUGAUAACCAGUUUUUGUUCUUUAUCAUCAACCGAUAAAAUGUCUUUUUUAUUCCUUCACUUUUAUCUUAUUUUUGACGUAUCAAAAUUGAUAACAGCGAUCGAAAAACACAUCCGUACAUAACGAAAAUCAAAUGAUUUCAAAAUAAAAUUUAUUUGUAGGAUGUCGAAAAAGAGUUUCAAACUAGAGUAAAUAUUUUCUUACGAUUGAGAUAUGGAAUACAUGUGACAAAUAAUUUUAUAAUAGAAAUUAUUGCAAAAGUACUUUCACUUAGAUGCUCUCUAGAAUUCUACUAAAUAGAGAGAAUGAAAAAAUAUAAUUAAGCUGAUGAUUCCCUAUAUUAGUUAUUAAUUUGAAGUGUACAUUUUACGACCAAAUGGGGCCAUCCUGCAGUUAAUGACACUUUAUAAGAAUUUCUUUGAAAGAAAAAUUCUCUAAAAUCUACUACAACGAUUACUCCUUGUUGCUGUUAAAAAAAGCAGCCAUUUUCAUUGAAAAUAUUUCUUAAAAAUAUUUUUCAUAUAAAAUAAAAUUACCUUAAUUACUUUCUGAUACAGAAUGUUAUAAGGAGUUAAUUUUUUUAUUUACUAUCAUGAAUUUACAUCUAAUUUCUAUUCUCAGCUACCAUUUUUUGUUGUUGCUAGAAACACCGCAAUAUGUGUAUUAUAUAGAUAUUUAUGGAAUUGAUUCAAUACAGUAUCUUAUUUCAACAACUUCAUAUAAUCUUUCGAUGACCUACACGAAUUAAUGUUUUCUCUAUUUAAUAGAGUCACAUAUUGAGUAAGUCGUCGAAAAAGUAUAAUCUGAAAGACGUACGGAAGCUGGAUAUUCUAUAAUUGUAUGACAAGAUAAUAUUUAAAUUUACUUUUUUUACUUGAAUUCCGGAGUUACACAUUACAAGUAUCUCUAUUUCAUAGGCUUUGAGGUUUUUCUUCAGAUCACAUUUUUUCCCUCAAAUCUUUUCAUCUUCAAUUAAUUUAUAAAAAUAUUUAUAUAUAUAUAAUUUAUAAAAUUAUAUUGGUGAUAAUAUUGAGUCUAAGUUUGCUCCCUAAUGAAAUACAUUAUAUUAAACUGAAAAGAAUGUAUAGAUUUUUGUUAAUGAGUGAAAAAUGAAAAUAUUUAAUUGAAAAUCGCUAGAAUUUUUCAUUGGUUUUUUGUGCCGUUAUAGGUUUAAUAAAAACAUUGAACAGUUGAAGCAAUAUGGCGGCCUAUUUAAAUCUUUAAACUACUUACAAAAUUUUUAAAUUUUCAAUAAUUAUGUUCUCUAUUAAUAAAUAUUGAUCAAAUAUUUUUUUUCCAAACCAUGCAAGUACCCUAUUUGACUCGUAGAUGUUACCACAUGCUCCAUAUGAAUUAAAUACUGAACUUUGUAGUUAUAUCAAAGGAGGACCAUAGUCAAUCAGUAAAAUUAAAAUAUCUUGAAAACAGUAAAUAUUAUACGGAUCAAAGAAGUAAACGUUUUCCCUUAAAAAAAAUGUAGGUGAUUUUAAAGCAUAUGCACAUAUCUGGCGACAUCUACGAUGUAAAUCAAAUCCUUUCACAUUAACAAAAAUCUACAUAAUUUUAUUUUAAAUCAUCUUGUAUUUCACUAUACUUAAACUUAUUGUGUCAUUUUAAUGAAAAUAUUUCUGCCUUUUAAUGUGUGGUUACAAUUUGUGUCACUACUUCUACACACUGUAUAUGUCUACAGGGUAUUGUUGUAAGGUGUAUGUUAAAUGAUUUUAGAGGUAUAUAGGUCAGGAACCAGCGGUAAAAAACGUCAAAAUUGUGGAAUUUUGUUAAUCAACGUCGAUUUAUAUGAAAAUUUGAAUUCAAGCUCCACUUACUCCCUUAUUUAAAAUUUCUUAGCCGAAGGGUGCUCAUUUUUUAGGAGCGAAAACUACUCUUUUUCGUAAAAAAAAUAAAAAUCUUCAUUUUUAGCAUGCAAUUGAGUAAAAUACAGUUUAAAUGAAUUAUUCUUGGAUCUGUUGAUGUUUUAAAACAAGUUUGUGAUUAAUCGGACUCAUGCAACUCCUCCAGAGACUAUCCUCUGAGAGUAGUACCAUUCAAACCUUUUUUUAUAAUCUCAAUUUUCAUGAAAAUUUGAAUUCAAGCUCUACGCAUCCUUUUCUAUGAAGGACUUUUUAUAUUUUAGGGGUGUAAAUUACCCCUUAUUGCAAAAAAAAUUUUUAUUUUCAUUCUCAAACAUGUUUUUGAUCAAUCAGAUUCACUCAAUCCCUUCAAAUCAUCCCCUAAUCAAAAGUUAAAAAAUUCUUUUAUUAUUAAAAAUUAUUCCAAAGUGUAGUUAUAUUGAAUUGAGAAUAUUUAAUCAGUAUUUUCAAGAAGUAUUGCUUUUUAAAUAUUUAAACCCUUGUGAAACCCACCUUCAAUGACCAAAAAUUUGAAAAUUGCAAUUAAAAUAUUUUAACAUAAGCAAUAUAAAAAUGAAAAUAUUCUUAACAAUAAAAAUUUUUAUUUAGAAAAAAAUAUAAAAAACAAUUUUGCAUAUAUUAUAUUUCAUCAUCACUAAUAUUUUUUUGCUCGAAUCUCUUUGUUUUCUUUAUUAGCUACAUUUUUCUUCCUAAUGAUUUUGCUGAUAAAAUGAAAUGAAAAAAUGAAAAACGGUAGAAAAUAUACGUUUUUUUUUUUUUGAAAAAUGAGCAGUUUUAAUCAUUAAUAACUCGAAAAGUAUCAUCUUUAGAAAAAACUUUGUAGACCAAAAGUUGCUUGAAAUUAGUCAAUCUGUCGACCCACGAGAUUAUUGGUGGCUUUCAUCUCCAGGGCAAAAGCACCCUUCGGCACAGGGUAUAUUUUGAAGAAGAAGGUUAUUAAUACUACCUUCAUACCAAUUUUCAAGAAAAUCGACCUUGAUCAUCAAAAUUUCACCAGAAAUCCGCUGAUACUUGGUUAGGUUGCAAAAAUAACAAGAGAAAAUUUUAAAUCAUAUUUUAACAAUAAAGGGGCCGUUCUGUGGCAAAAUAAAGCUGUGACCAUAUAUAUUUAUUAUUUACUUACUUCUUCCUCGUCCGAUAGGUUGGAAAUCGCUGCUCUGGGUACAUUUUGAUCAUUUAGAAAAUACCAUAAUUUCGGUUUAUAGAUAUCAUCAGUCCCCAUUCCGGAGUUCUUUACUAAUUUUAGUUCUCUUUCAUAAGAUGUUCUAAAAUUAUUAAUUUUUGUGCCCAAAAUCUUCGUUUGCUUCUUUAUUAAUCUCUCUAAUUUUUUUUUAUUAAAAUGUUCCUCCUCUCUUGUUCCUUGUACAACUUAAAAAAUUCACGCAAUAAAUUUUCCUCACAAGCCAUUUUCGACAUUUAUAGUUACGAGAAAACAAAUUUUAAAACAAGAAAAGUUUAAACAAAUCGUUCAUACGGCUUAAAUGUUGAUCCGAUCGACACUGCUGUGCUGCAGUCAGCCUUUUCUGCCUGCAAUCAAAUCGUACGAUUUAGUUGGAUGCAAGGCCACACACGAUCCAAUUGCAUUUGAUUUAGUUGGAUGCGAUGAAAUUGUACGACGCCGCAGUACCGUGAGUGACCAGAUCAAGAGUUUUUUGAAAUGCCAACAUUUCAAUCUUUCAUUUGAUCUUUAUCAAGGUUAAAAAUAUAUGGUCCAUUAUAACUCAAACGUUGCGAAAGAUAAGAGAUAAGAGAAAGAAAGAAUAAGUAAUAAAAAUUGUGAAAUUAGAAGUAAAACGAUAAUCGGAUAAGUUUAUUGUAACAAUAUAAAAAUCUAUUUAUGUGUAUAUAAAUGAAUAGGUCACACUGAAUAUGAGACAAAGAAUUAAACAAACUGUAUGACAUGCACAUUGUUGUAUAAAACAGAAGAACAAGCAAAAAGUCAUUUGAAGAAACUUAUCUGAUUAUCGUUUUACUUUUAAUUUCACAAUUUUUAUUACUUGUUUAUCUUCCUCAACGUUUGAGUUAUAAUAUACCAUAGGUUUUUAGCCUUGAUAAAGAUCUAAACUUUGGCAUUGUAAAAAAUGCUUAGAGUGUUUUAUUUUGAGUCCUCAACCCACAACACCUUUCAAAUUUAUUACAUUUAAAUUUAGGGAUAAAUAAUCAUCGAAUUAACAAUCUUCUUCCUGAAAAGUAUCCAUUUUGGUAAAUGCAGACUUAAUACUUUUACAUAUUUAUAUACAUACAUUUGAACUCGCAUAUGAGUAGAAACAUUAAAAGGAAUUAAAAAUAAAAUUAUGGAUAUCUCUGCGAUUAUACUUACAUCUUCUGAACAUAAUAUUCUUUCAAAAUUUUGUUCAUAGUACAUCGCUUUUAGUCUUGUAUAACAAAUUUUCCAUAACAGUCAGAAUGACAUCCAGCAUCACUUAAUGUUCGGGAAAAUCAAAAUGCCUUACGAAAUAUGACCAUACGUCCAGCCUCUUCAAAUUUCACUUCAUUAAAUUCUUUCACAAUUCCACUACCAUGACCACACAAAAAGCACAAUAACAUUUUUUUUAGUUUUGCAAUACUUUUUAUGAGUGAAAAGUGGAGAAUAAUCCAAAAAUUAUUUGAUACUUAGACAAAUACGUGGUACUAGACUGGUCGAAUAACUGAGCCGCUUAAUGUCGGUAUCAGGCAUAAAGAGAAUCACUAUUUAAUAGCGUUAUCUUUGCAUGGAAAGUCAGAUAACUUGAGCUUGUUUAAGUGUAGCUCAUUCAGUUCUGGUCCCAUUUAAUUUUACUCAAAUCAGAUGAUGCAGUAUUAACACUUUAACCCUAUCACCGGUCUCUGAGACCAUACGGGAGAUUUGGCUCUUCGAAAUUGGCAUCCCUGAUGGUUCGUCCCGCCAAUUGUUAUUUGUAACCUUCAGUUGACUGUGAGCCUAAGAUUGUAUACUCGAGCUGUGGGCCUUCAUGCCGUACAUAUCGUAUUUUAUUGUUGGUUGUUUAUGGUAUUAAGUAUGUUGAUGUCCAUGGAGAUCGAUCACUAACGUAUGUGGGUACUAUAAAAAAAAAUAAAAAGGAAGUAUCUACUGAAUUCUUAUCAUCUCCAAACAGAAAAGUGGGGUGAACCCUAUAUGGAUUUGCAGGCAAUACAACUUUGCUUUCUGUUGUGCCUAAAAUAUAAUAUAAUAUUGAUGUCAUCAAUGCACCACAGUAUUGCAACAGGGGACAGAGAAAACAAACCUGUAAUGGUUUGUUACUACAAUAAAACAAAAGCAGGGGUGGACAUGAAAUGUGCGAUAUAUUCGUCCAGUCGAACAACCAGAAGAUGGCCCCUCGCAAUAUUCUAUCAAAUGUUAGAUAUUAGUUGCAUCAAUUCCUUCAUCUUAUACCUGUCGUUCCGAGGUUAUCCUCUUGUGACUAGAUACCUAUUCGUACGAGACGUAGCAAUUGAGCUCAUGAAACCACAUAUGACCAGACGGUUGAAAAUACCAAAUCUACCACGUGACAUCAAGGCUACCAUACAAGCAUAUGAUGAGAACAAGUGACAAGCUAGAAAAAAGGAAAACCUUCUCCAAGUGUCCAGCAUCAAUGGAGAGGAAGACAAAUUAUAAAUGCAUGAAAUGAGACCAGCCAAUAUGCCCAGAAUGCAAUAGGACUUUUUGAACUAACAAAAUCUUUACUCAGUUGAUACCAAUGUUAAAACACAUUUGACUGUCACUUAUUCUGUAAUAAAAAUUGUUUUGAAAAAAAAAUAAAAAUAAAAUGAACAAGUUAUUUACAGAAAUAUAAGAUUUGUUUUCUAUUCCCAUGUAUAUAAAUUAUUUACAAAACUAUACAAAGACAUCAAAUUUGUAGUUCCAAAUUGCAUAUAAUACAUGCAAAUAUUGAACCAUAAUCUGAAAUAAACCAGGGUAAUCGAGUAAAAAAUUUGACCUAAGUAAUGUAAAAUACUUCUGGGACCAGAGAGAAUUGUGUUAACUUUUGUUUUACGGAAAUAACUCAGUUUAGUUAUUUGCUGAACGAUGAAAAAGUUUGAGGGUAUAUUGACUUGUUUUUUAAUUAGUAAUUAACCACGGUAUGUCUGAACCAAAGUUAAAUGAAAUGGCUCAACACUUUGGAACUUGCUUCAGAUAUCGAAAGUAGAUUACUUAUAGGUCAUAAAAAAUCAAUUUCCAAAAUAAUCUGUAUAGCCCUUUUCAAAAAAAAACUGAUUUAAAGAAAAAAAAAUUUUUUUUCGUUUUAUUGACCAGAAAUAAAUAAAGAACUAAUGAAAUAUCUAUCAAAAAAUGCUUAUUAUUAUUAUUACGUAUGAAAACUAUAAGUACGGCUAUUACUAUUCUCUUAUUACAUGGUUAAUAAAAAAUUAGAAAAAGUAAAUAGUCUUUUUCAAACAUGAAAUGCAUUAUAACUACAUAGGGCACUUAACAAUUUUGUAGAAUACUGAGGGUUUUGCACAUCAACUUUAGUUUUGAGCCACCAAGCGUUGAAAUCGAAAUGCACCGAUUCCAUUGCUUGUUCACUAAAAAAUCCAAGCCCAGUUUGAGUUUUGCGGCAGAACUGUUCAACGUGAAAAAAAACGGCAUGAACCUUGGGAGUGAUGUUAAUACCUGAAGAUAUAUAGCUGUUUUUGAAACUUUGUAUGCACUUCACGUAAUUUUCAUCUAGACUGUUUCCAAAACAUGCAGAAACUACAUUAUGGAAAGUAGCGAACACUUGUACGUAUUUUAAUACAGCAAGAUUUCUAGAACUCCGCAAGACGUCAACAUUUUGUAGAAGUUUUCUGCACGCAUUUCCAUUGAACCCCGAACCUUGGUGUGUAACUUCACGCUGAACGUGGCAAGAUUCGGCUUCACUUUGACAUUCUUUCAACAUGUGCGUAAAAACAGUAUUUACCACACCAAGCAUGAGAUGCAGUUCUGGGGGUGGAAUUAUUUCCAGGAAUGUUUUAUCUCCAGAUGCUGUGAUUAGAGGGGGGUGGAUGCAAUUAAAAUAAUUUUUUGCCAGGCUCUUCAAUCCUUUUCCUUCAGCUAACCACUUUUCAUAAUUAUUUAAAACAUUUUCCUCAGUUCUUAAAUCACCACAGGUGUGAAGCUCAUUACUUUUUGCGUAACAGUACGUACAUGGGUAUGUGCUACUGUGUGCCAUAAUACCUACCAAAAUGUUUGCCAAUUUUAGAUCAGUCGCUAUGGUGCCAUUGAAAGGACUAAUAUUCAAUUCUGAAAAAAGUUGCUGCACAUUUUCAUAAUUUUCUUGAGCUUGUGAAACGGCUGCUAAGAUAAAUAAUCGCUUAACACCAGAAUCCUUGAAUUUAUUUGCUGCAAUUCCUGUUUAAAAAUGUAUUUUGCUCGCUUCUUAUUUGCACUUUCAAAUUCCAUAUUUGAUUUUGAUUGUACUGAAAGGCACAUUUUUAAAAAUCCAUCUCCUCCAUCAAUACCUAACUUCAAGUGGUCUUCUGAUAAAUUGCGCUCUUGUCUCACAUACUCAACAAACCCUGGCACAUCAUUGCAAUAAACUACAACUAAAGGAGUAUUCGUAACUUCAUCACCUUUCACUUUAACAAGAGGAAAUUCUUUGUAAGAAAAAUAUUCAUCUAUUGAAUGAGCUUUGGUAGUGAGCUUCUUUUUCAAUCCUGGUUCAACAGCUUUUCUAUUCUUUGUACCGGCUCGAAUGGAAGCAGCCAAUUUCAAUGUGACUAUUUACUUUUUCUAAUUUUUUAUUAACCAUGUAAUAAGAGAAUAGUAAUGGCUGUACUUAUAGUUUUCAUACGUAAUAAUAAUAAUAAGCAUUUUUUGAUAGAUAUUUCAUAUUUCAUUAGUUUUUUAUUUAUUUCUGGUCAAUAAAACGAAAAAAAAAUUUUUUUUCUUUAAAUCAGUUUUUUUUGAAAAGGGCUAUACAGAUUAUUUUGGAAAUUGAUUUUUUAUGACCUAUAAGUAAUCUACUUUCGAUAUCUGUUCCAAGUGUACCAAAGUGUUGAGCCAUUUCAUUUAACUUUGGUUCAGACACACCGUGUAACAUUUGGUGGUUGAAAUAUGCCAAUUUAUUUUUAUUUUACUUUUGUAUUGGUAAGUGCAUUUUGGGUUAAAAUAAAUGAACUGAACGAAUCCUUGAGGUUAUAAUUUCAUUUGACCCACCAUAUUAAAGUGAAAACAAGGGAGCUGAUAUUAUCAGCUUAGUUUGAAAUAAAUCAGGUAUUAUAAAAAAAAAGUAUGAACUAAGUAGAAAUAUUUGUUUGUAUAUGUGAAUAUUCAAACUUUGGGUGAUCGGUAAAAUCGAAAAAAAAAAAAGUUUUGCCAAGAUAUCCGAACAAGAUUUAGUUAAGCAUUUAUUCAUAUUUUAUGUAUCAUAGAGGGGCUAUAUUCAUAAAUGAAAGAAAGCCAAACCAGUUAUGGGGACAUUUUCUUAUUGGCAAUGGUAAAUACUAAUAUUCUAUUCUUUUGACUGUUCGGGAUAAAAUUUUGAUGAGGACUCUUAGAUUAUUAGUAAUUAUUGCAUAAUAUUUAUAGUAAAUUUUUUGACCAUAACUUUUUUUUUCAAUCUUAUCGAUGGUUUAUAUUCUGAAGAUUAAGGAAAUGUUAAAUAAAGUAGUUAAAAUUGAAGAUACGUAUCUAAUUGAUGACCUGUAUCAAUACUUAUAAUGUAUGACUUAUAAAUUAAUUUCUUCUAGUUUCAAAGUCCACGUUCUAAUUAUAAUCAUAAUGAUAGAGAUGAAAAUCUUGACUAUAUAAUUUCAGUGUGACCAUUUUACGCACAUAAUAUGGGAAUGGAUCCAAUUGUUUACAAUGAACAGUAAAUAGUUAUCCUGUUAUUUAAUUUUUGGAAAUUCAAUACUUUUGUCGUUUUUAACUUUUUUUUUAUAUAUUACUUUUGAUUUGUAUAAAUUACAUUUAUUGUACAUAUUUUUUGAUAUUUUAAUAAAUUUUUGUUUCUAUUAUA